CGCGCUGUUUGGCUGCUCGAUCAUAUAUCUUUCCGCCGACCUCCAUCUCCGCUUCAGCUUCGAGCACAUCGGUUGCAUACACAUGCCUCUCAUCGGACCUACGCAAAACCGCCAAGGGGGCACGAAGAAGGGCGGUGCCCGCCGCGCAGACAACAACCGCAUUUACGCUCAUCCACUACCAGUCACUUUCGAGAAGUCGCAGUCAUGGGCGAAUCACAUCCUUGGCCUCUUCGGAGUCUCGGGGACCAGGGUGCUCAAUCCGCAUUGUACAGGCAUAUAUGACCCAGAUACGCGGUCUGUCUGGGUGGUCGACUCGAAGGAUGCGAUGAUCCUCUGGAGGCGAGGUUUCUUUGGCAAGGGUGAUUUGUCUCGGAGCGAACCUUCGUGGAGGACGAGGCAGAUCAGCGCCAAGAGAGCUGCUGCGGGCAAAUUCAUGACUGCAGAAGAGAUCAGAGAAAAGCGCAGGGCUGAACGAAAACAGUUUAAACUUGACCGUGCCGCUGCAAUCGCACAAGCCGCGGCGGAGGCAGAGGCCGCCUUCGCUGAAGGCCGCGAAGCAAAGUCCUCCGUCAUCAUUCCUUCCGGUGCAACCUGGAAACCACAACAAUCCGUUCCGGACGAGUCACCCAGUCCCUCUCCUACGCCCGAUGCAGAGCAGACUCCGGAAUUUGACGAGGAUUCCGUGCCAGAUCUGGAGCAUAUGCAGCUCACUCUUCAGGAGGCGUUCUUCCUAGCCUGGAACCUAGACUGUUUGACCAUCAUUGACCCAACAACGUCUGGACCAAUGACCCUAAAGCACAUAUGGACGGCAUUCCAACAAGUACACGGUAUCCCCCACAUACCUAGUGUUAUGCCCGAGAUAUACGCAAACCGUUUCGACAACCCGUUCCUUGUGAACUACGCUGCAUAUCACUACUACCGAUCCCUCGGAUGGGUAAUCAAGGGCGGCAUCAAGUUCUGCGUGGACCUGCUCCUGUACAAGCGUGGCCCAGUGUUCCAUCAUGCUGAAUUUGCGAUUGUCGUGAUUCCCGUCUAUGAGGAUCCCGCAGAUCAAGAAACGUCGCCUUUCGAGCUUGCGAAUUCUCAACCUUUCUCCUGGACGUGGCUCAGCACGGUGAAUCGCGUCAACUCGCAAGUACAGAAGACCCUUAUAUUGACCUACGUGACCAUUCCUGCGCGGUCGCGGGUCUCCCAAGAGCUCCUGUCCUCUCCAGCAUGUCUCGCACACUACACUGUCAGGGAAGUGGUACUGCGACGAUUCAUUCCGGCACGCAUGCGCGACUAGGCUUGAUAGUGCGAGAGAUGUAUUGCAAGUGACACGAUAGGCAGAAAUACAAACAGGAAGCGAAACCUACACUCUAUCCACCGCUAC